AUGCCCACCCCGACGCCGGCGCGAGCCGCCAGCCGUGGCGUGGGGGAAGGGCAGCGGGGACGCGGAAGCAGUGCGGCUGGCCGCACGGGCUGGAAGAGGCGCGACGGACGCGCCCUGCGGUACGGCAGGCGGGAGCAGGCCGACACCCAAGAACAAGGAGCACGUGGUGGUAGGACGGGCGUGAGCAGUCGGGGAGCAACCUACAGGGGCCGGCUCGGCCGCGCCGACCGCGGGAGGAAGGACAGGCACCGCGCGACAGCCAGGCGCAAAACGGGAGCGCGUCGGGUGGGGGGGGGAGAGGGCGCGGGCGAGACCCAAGGGGACAAACGCCGGAACGAGGCCCGAGGGCAGCGCGGAGGCACAGCACCACCGGCCGGAGAAGCGAGCCGCGAUAACCCACGAGGGGCGCAGAGGAAGAGCGGAGGGGAUAAAAGGAUAGGCGAGCGAACCCCCCCCGCGCGGGAAAAAGAUGGAGGAGCACCCCGGCACGACCGGGAAAGAGGGCGCAGGGACGCCCUGGAGAGGAGAAGCGGGAGAGGCACCAGGGGGAGAGGGCGCGCGGCGGAAGGCGGGGCGAAGGAGGGAAAGGGAAAGGGGGACGCGAGGAAAGUGGACAAACCAGGGAACCCGCGGAAGCAUACGAUGGGGGAGGGGCUAGCAGGGAAACACCAUGGAACCCGAGGAAGGCGGCACAGCGGGUGGGGGAGAGGGGAGGGCGAGCCAGGGGAACACCAGGGGACCCCACGCGGAAGCAGAGGGACCACCAAAAACGGGGCGGGGCGGCCAGGCGGGACGGAAGCACGAGGGAAGCCCCGGCCAGCGGGAAGCGAGAACGCGGGAGACAGGGCGGCCAGUGGGGAAGACAACCAGAGGAACCCCGAGCGGAAGCAGAAGGGGGGGGGCGAGCCAGGGGGAAACACCAACGGGCCCGGUCCGGAGAACGAAAGAGGGGAGGGGCGAGCAGGCGAGAAACAACCAGUGGAACCCGCGGGGAGAAAGCGCGCGGGGCUGAAGGCCGAGCCGGGGAACCCGGGGAAUCCCGCGGAGCGAGAGGGGGGGCCGAUCAGGGGGAACACAUGUAACGCGACGGAAGCGAGAGGAGGGGGAGGGCCGAGCCAGGGGAAGCAGCAUGAAACCCACAGGGAAGACAGACCGGGAAAGGGGUGGACACAGGAGCGGACGACCGAGGAGCGGGUGAGGGACUUGCGAAGGGAAAGGACUGAGGGAGGCGGUGAGGGGAUCCAGAGAGGGAGCAUGGUGGAGGGGACGGACGCGGGGCGCAGGGGGGGCGCGGUGGCUGGAAACAGAGGAGGGGGCGGUACAGAAGGAGAGGAAAGCAGUGGGCCUGCAAGGGGCAGGCUGGACGGGGCCGGAACGCCGGGCCAACCAGGGGAGCAGGGCGGAGGGACGGCAAGGGGCGCGGCGAAUAGGAGUGAGGGCAAGAAGAGAGAGCAGGACACGGCGCGGGCGGACGAGACCGGGCGGGCGGAACAGGGGAGAGAAAGGGAGAGACCGGACCAAGGGGGAGAGAGGGACGGCCGCGCGGAGAAGGAGGGAGGGCCGGGAGAGAGGGGCGCGCCUGAAGGAGGGACGUGCCGGAGGAGGAGGAAGCGUCGGGGAGAGAGGGGCGCCGGUGAGAGAGGGCGGCGGCGGGGAGAGAACUGGGAGCACGAGGGGAGAGAGGGUGAACGACCGGGGAGAAGAGGGAGACCGGGGAAGAGGGACGGCCGGAGGAGAGAUAGGGAAGACGGGAAAGAGAGAGGGGACGACCUGGGGCAGAGACUGAGCGGGGGACUGCCGGGGGGGGGCGGGCGGAGAGGGGAGAGAGGGAUCCGGGGAGAUGGAGGAACGGGGGAGAGGGACGACCAGGGGCAGAGAGACGAUCCGGGAGAGGCAGCGGACGACGGGGAGAGAGGGGAACGAACCGGGGAGAGAAGGGACGACCGGGGAGAAGAGCUAGGACGACGGGGACGCGGGGAGACGGUGGAGGGGGCGACCGGGGAGAGGACGAGGGGAGAAGGGACGACACGGGGAGAGAGGGGACGACGACGGGGAGAGAGGGACGACGGGGAGAGAGGGGGAGCGGUGACUAGCAGCGAGAACCGGGGAGAGGGGACGACGGGGAGAGAGGGACUACCGGGGAGAGAGGGACGACCGGAGGAGGGAGACCGGGGGAGAGGGAACGACCGGGGAGAGGGGAGACGGAAGAGGGACGACCUGCGUGAGAGAGGGAGGACCGGGGAGGUGGCAGCGGGGAGAGAGGGAGACAGGGGAGGGAGGGAGACGUACCGGGGAGAGGGCGAGAAGCGACGGGGAGAGGGUGACGACGGGUGA